GAGGACGGAGUCGAAGGCUCAGGGCCCGGCGCAGACCUCCAGGCGGAGGAAGGCGACUGCGUGGAGGAUGACGGCCUAAUUAGUCCUAGCGAGAGGGGUUGCACGACGGCAGCCAAAGAGGAAGAGGAUGGGGACGCGACCGACGAAGAAGACGACGAGGACGCAUCGCCGCCAACUCCGCCGCCUUCCGCAACCGCGAGACUGAAUCCUGCUAUUUUAAGGGACACAGGACCGCCGGACAGAGAGCCAAUGAGCCCGCGCUGUCCUUCCAGAGAUUCUCGGGAAUCGUCCGGCCCGGCGACCGGAAGUCCUCCGCCGCCAGCGACGAGGAGCACCGCGAGCCCGGUCAGUCCGAGCGGGAUCGUGCCGCUGCCGCUCGGCAGCCAUCCGUUGCUACCGCCUCACUCGGCCGCGAUGAUGGCGGCGUACCUGCAACAGACCCACCAGAGACUGCUGCUCGGCCACUCGCCGCUGUCACGCGGCUCCGUGUCCCCGCUGGUAUCGUCCUCGUGCUCGCCGCCGGCCGCCACUCCCGGCCUGCUGGUCUCGCCGAGCAGCGUUGGCGAGGUCUCGCCGUCGGCCACACCGUUGCCCGCGGUGCUCGACUUCAGCACGAGGAAAGCGUCGUCGACGGAGGACGACGAAGACGAGCAGAUACUGAACCUGAGUAAGCCGCCGACUCCGUCCUCCGCCGCGGAAGCGAACAACGGCCCGUUGGAUCUGUCGGUGCCGAGCAGGAAGCGACCGGGCCCGGAGGACUCUCCGCCGCUGCCAGUCCGCAAGUCGUCCAGGUUAUCGGCCAGCAGCGCGGCGGCAGCGGCGGCGGCGGCUGCCGCUGCAGCCGCUGCGGCCCACCAGGAGGCCGCGCAAGCCGUGACCGCGGCAGGUUUUGGUCGGCCGCCGGUCGUCUCGCCGUGGACGUCGCCCGUGGUCGCCUCUCACUUUCCGUACUUCGCGGCCGCGGUCGCCGCGGCGGCAACUAGUCAGCAGCAACUCUCGCCGAAGAGCACCGCCGGCGUAGUGGAGCAUCAUCAGCAACUGUGGAACGGCAAGAUGAAGCCACCGUCCGUGGCGCUGGACAAGUCGUAUCAGCCGAGCGAGGCGACUAAGGCGCUGGAGAAGAUGAGCGAGCUGAGCAAACUGGGCGGCGAGGAUCUGUUCAGAUCGAGUUCGAGCGGAGCCGCGAGCGCCGGGGCGGGUGGAGCGGCGGCAGCCGCGGCCGCGGCCGCAGCAGCGGCGGUCGCAGGGAACGCGACCGCCGGGACCACGUCCGGCAGCCGACACAGUGCCUGGCAGUCCCACUGGCUGAACAAGGGCGCCGACCAAGCGAAGGACGUGCUCAAGUGCGUGUGGUGCAAGCAAAGCUUCCCCACGCUGGCCGCGAUGACGACGCACAUGAAGGAGGCGAAACAUUGUGGCGUGAACAUGCCGGUGCCAGCGGCCGCGGCCGCGCUCCAUCCACAGCCGCCGAGCGUGGCCGGUAUCGCGGCGCCGCAACAACAGCCGCAUCAGCCGCACCAGCCGCAAAACGCCGGAUCCGGGAACAACGGUGGACCCGGCGGGGGUGGCGGCGGUGGUUCGGCUGCCGCUGGUACACCGAGCAGCAAACAGAGCCCAUCCGAGUUGAAUCUGUUGAUCAAGGAGACGAUGCCACUGCCGAGGAAGUUGGUCAGAGGUCAGGACGUUUGGUUGGGCAAGGGCGCCGAGCAGACCAGGCAGAUACUCAAGUGCAUGUGGUGCGGCCAAAGUUUCCGCUCGCUCGCCGAGAUGACGUCGCACAUGCAGCAGACGCAACACUAUACCAACAUCAUCUCCCAGGAGCAGAUCAUCUCGUGGAAGUCGUCGGACGAGAACAAGGGUGGUAGCGGCGGAAGCGGGGGAAGUGGUGGGGGCGGCGGUGGAGGAGGCAGCGGAUCGGUGGCCGGCGCCACCGGAGGUGGUGGCGGCGCGGUAGCGGCCGGUGGCGCGUCCGGACCGCACGCUGGGAACGCCACCGGUCCCGGUUCCGGCGCCACCAGCAGCCACGUGAGCGCGGUGCUCACGUGCAAGGUCUGCGACCAGGCGUUCAGCUCGCUGAAGGAAUUAAGCAACCAUAUGGUGAAGAACUCCCACUACAAGGAGCAUAUAAUGCGCUCGAUCACCGAGAGCGGCGGACGACGACGGCAGACCCGGGAGAAACGCAAGAAGUCGCUGCCGGUGAGGAAGCUGUUGGAGCUGGAACGCGCGCAGAACGAGUUCAAGAACGGGGACGCGGCGACCGGGCUGAGCCAUCACAGCCUCGGCAAGCACGCCGGUCGGAUCACGUGCGAGAAGUGUGGCGAGAAGAUCGAGACGACGAUCUUCGUCGAUCACAUACGCCAGUGCAUCGGCGCGGGCACCGUGGGAGCGAAUCAGCGAAACUUUCUGAAGAACGCGUUGAUGUCGAACCACCUGCCGGCCACGUUGCCACCGACCGAGACCGGCCGCAAGAGCGUCACCGAGGAUGGUUCCUCGGUGUCCUCGAGACACCAUCGGUCACCAUCGUCGGCCAGCGACGCGACCACUCCGGGAAAGGACACGCCGACUCCGACUGCCGGCGAGACCACCGGCAGCUCGUCGCCGUCCGUGUUGAACGCCAUCGAGAAAUUGAUCGAGAAGAGUUUCGACUCUCGCGUCAGGCAUGGCACGCCGGGUCUGCAUCACGCUCAACCGGGCGCUCCGAUGGGCACCAGCAUCCUGAAACGGCUGGGCAUCGACGAGAGCGUGGACUACACGAAACCGUUGGUCGAUCCACAGACGAUGAACCUUCUACGCUCGUACCAGCAGCAACACCAGCAUCAGCAGCAGCAACACUACGCGACGAGCACGGCCGCACGGCGGGAACGCAGCGGUAGCGAAUCGAGCUCGGUUUCGGAACGAGGAAGCGCCGGUAGAACCGACGCGAUGACGCCGGAGAGACGCGUGGACCUGCACUCGGUGGACACCAGGCAUUCCCAUCAUCACCGAGUCACGCCGGACAAACAGCUGGUCUCGCAAAACUUGUCCACUGGUCGCCACCAUCCGACCACCGAGGAGUCCGGCGACGAAGAUUCAACGACGACCGCGUCCGCCUCCGCCGCCGCGGCGACGGCAACGGCGAACGUGGUUGUGAAGAAGGAACCUCGAGAUGAGGAAUCGGAGGAACGCGUGACGAACGAGGAGGAGCAGCAGCAACAACAACAACAACAACAGCCCCAAUCGCAAUCUCAGUCGCAAGCAAACCGCUCCGAGGUGUUCGUAAAGAAGGAGAUCGUGGAGGAUUGCCGGGACGAUGACGAUCAAGGCUCGUUCAAUCACCGACGAAGCAGCCUACACGAGGGAUCGGAGGAAGGCCGGGAGGUGCUGUCGCCUCGUAUGAACCCACCGACGCCGAGAUCGAGCGGCCAGCCGGAGCAAAUCGCGCGCAGCCCCUGUAGGAACAGCACCAGCAGCCCGACGAGCAGCGACCGGUCGGUAACGCCGCGCGGAACACCCGACACCAAGGGCUCGAGCAGUCUCGGCGCGCUCUCUUCCAUGUUCGACAGCCUGUCCGGUGGCGGAGGAAGCGGAGGCGGCGGUGGUGGUAGUGGCGGUGGCGGCGGCGCCGGCGGCGGAGGAGGCUCGAGCAACGCGGUCGACUCUCAGGGACGGAAAACCAGCAGCCACCCGCUGGCCGCGCUGCAGAAGCUCUGCGACAAGACGGAGACGCGAGGACCGAGCGGCAGCGCGGCCCGUUCCGGUGGCGGCGGUCCUGGGUCCGCGUCCGGUCUCGGCGCAGCGGCCGGGAGUGGCGUGGGCGCGACCGGGCCCGGCUCCGGGACGACUCCGGGAGCGAUCCUAGCGUUCAGCUGGGCGUGCAACGACGCCGUCGUCACCGCCGACUCGAUCAUGAAGUGCGCCUUCUGCGACACACCGUUUAUCUCGAAGGGCGCCUACAGGCAUCACUUGUCCAAGAUGCACUUCGUCAAGGAUGGCGUGAUCCCGGACCCGUUGACGAUCGGCCGGUCAGCGGCGGCCGCUGCAGCCGCGGCUGCUGCCGCCGCGGCGGCCGCGGCCGCGGUCUCGCAGACGUCGGCCACCGGGCCGCCACCGGCCGGUCACAGUUCUUCCUCGCCGCCUACAUCGCAGCGCAACAAGUCGCCGCCGCUUCCGCAGGCGAACGGCAGCCCGUCGCAGUCAGCGGCCUCGCCCCUCGAGGAGAGCCCGCACUCGAAAUUUCUCAAGUAUACGGAGCUGGCCAAACAGUUGUCCAGCAAGUACGUA